AUGACCCCCUGGGAUCCUGAAUCGCCGACAAUUCAGGAUCCCAAACUCCUACUUACAGUAUGGUUUAUAGUAUUCAAAAUCCCUUUACUGGCCAAUUUUGCGAACCGCCAAUGGGAUCCUGUUGGCGACGAUAAAUCAAAUGCCCUCCUAAUUAAAGGUUUUUCAAUGAAAAAUAUCGAAAGUCCUCUCAAUGACCCCGCAAUUCAAUCUGGAACCACGGCAGCCGCGAGUAGUGAAAUAGCCCGGUCAGUUGGAGUCGGACAUGGUUUUGAAACUGCUAAACCUCUUAAACUAAUUACUAAAAUUACCCAAUUAUGGUGUCCUCAUAACGGCAUAGUUUUAGACCCUUUUGGGGGUAGCGGAACCACCGGACAUGCGGUUUUACAACUAAAUAAAGAAACUAAUACUAACCGCACCGACCAAAAAGAACAUGAACCGCUAGGAGGAGGAUUUAAGUUUACUACGCUGGAUAAACAAAUUAACAACCAAGCCAUUUUGCAAAUGGAAAGAAACGAAUUAAUUGACACCAUAAUUGCUAGUCGGAUUGAUAAAUAUCAGCAAAAAUAUCAAAAUUUACAAAUCUUAAAAAGCGAGAAUUAUCAUUAUUUAAUUGCUAAAAAUAGCAAUCAGGAAGUAAAUUUGCCAGACAGUAAUGGGCGAGAAAUCAAAGAUGCUCAUCCUGCCUUGGUAGUUUCAAACAAUAGACAAAAUAACGCUAGUCCUUUAAUAGUUAUCAUACCAAUUACUUCCUUAAAAGCCAGUGAUAAAGUUUUUUCUUUUCAGUUGCUAAUUACUUUGGAAAAAAAGAGCGUGAUUUUAGUCGACCAAAUUAGGACGAUUGACCGUGAUAAGUUUAAAGAUAAAAUUACUGAAAUAGACAAUGCUUUAAUGGAAGAGAUAGUGGAAAAAUACGAGCGAUAUCUCCGCUGUCAAGUGGUUAUUAAGAAAGGAAAUGAAGAAACCCCAGUGCCUUUUAUCCAAAUUUUAGAUGCCUUAACCGGUUCAGGGAAAACAGUAAUUUUAGCCAAAGUUAUCGGCGAAAUAAGUAAAUGUCAGGUUAUCAUGCUUGCCGAAUACCGCGAAAGUUUAUUAUUCGAAAAUGAGCCGCUGGUUCUUUUUGCCACCGUAGGAACUUUUAACCAAAAAGAUAAAGAAGCCGGUAAUCGCCAAAUUUAUCAAUGUAAGUUAGAUGAGCAAAAUCAAAGCACUUGGGAUAGUUUAAAAAACCGGGGUGAACGACCGCUUUUUAUUGUUUAUGAUGAAGGACACAAUUUAUCCGACCAACAAACCGAUUUAUUAUUAGAGUUAAAGCCGGAAGUUUUUUUAAUGGCUAGUGCCACCAUGAAAUUUCCCCACAAGUUAGCCGAACAGUUUACCGAAUUAAAAAAAGAAAGCAAGUGGCAAGACCCUGAUUUUUUCACCCAAGUGCCAACUACCGAAGUAGUAGAAGCCGGUUUAGUGAAAAAAGUAAUUCAGUUAGCCAGUUAUGAAAAUCCCCGUGAGGAAACCAUUUCCUCGCUGGUUGAGGACUUAAAGACCAUCGAAAACCAACUCCACAAUAAUUUACCGAACCAAAAACCCAAAGCGAUUUAUGUUUUCGAAAAAUGUCAAGUAAAACCAGAAAAUAUUGCCGUUUACUGCGAUUUAAAAUUUAGUCGAGAGUUUCCCAAACCUCCGGAAUUCAAUUUAUUUGCUGGGAGUGGAGAAAAGAAAUAUCAAGAAUUUAUUAGUGCCAUCACGCACCAAUUGCCGGAAUUAUUAAAUACUGCUCAUUUUUACAUUCAGGUCGAAAAACAGUCUACUUUUCAAGGAGUAAUUGAAGAAAUUAACCAUGAAUUAGAAAAAAAUGGUCGAGGUAUUGAGAUUAAACCAACUACUUCCGUGGAUAAACCGGAGAUCGUUAAAGUUGAAGAUAUUUACCAACUACCAAAAAUUAUUUGUAAUGCAGAUAAAAUUAAUACUCGGGGUGAUAGUUAUCGAACUAUUACUAAAAAAUAUAUUGACGAGCAAGGCAAUUUCCAAGAAACAGUUCACGAAAAGACCGGUGAUACUGAUAAGAUUACCGCCCGAGCAGUUUUCUACCGAGAAAUUAUUCGCAAACUUCCUCAAAUCCGGGGAAUGGUUUUGCUAGAUGAGCCUAAAUUUGAUGCCUUGGUGGGGUUUAAAUCAAAUGUUUACGGGCAAAUCAUUAAAAAGGUGGAUGAAGUUAUUAAAGUUUAUUUAGACCAUUCUCAACUGGAAGCAAGCGAAACAGAGUUAUAUACCAUCCCCGAUUUAUUACUUUAUAAUCCUGCUAAUUCUAUUAAUUUUAACAAUAGCAUUCACCCCAAAUACUCUCAAUUAAACAAGUUAGAAGAAAAAUUUGCUCGCGAAUUAGAUAAAUUUGGUUAUAAGUGGUGUCGUAAUCCUUCCCGCACCGGCUACUCUAUUCCCCUGAUUACCUUGGGUUCAACUCGCAAUUUUUAUCCCGAUUUUUUAGUUUUCCUUCAAAAUAAAAUUAUUGCGAUUGAUACCAGUGGCGAACAUUUAAUCAAAGAUAAAGUUGACCGAAAAUUACUGAAUAUUAGUCCUAAGUUAUUAGUUUGUUUUAUUUCCAGCGGAAAAUGA